GAAGCAAUCCUAAUAAUCUAAAGUCAGUUCAAUUUAAGUGCAAGGGCAAAUUCCUUGAGUAUACAAGUGAAGCCAAUCAGACCUCCUAUGCGUUCUUCUAUUGAAGGACUGAAUCAAGAAAUUGAAGGACUGGUGCUGAAAUCUACAAAUAGUUAUAGCGAUUCAGAUCACAUGAUAGAAGAUAAGUAUGCAAGAUAUCGUGAACAAAUUACUCCAGAAGGACAUCGAGCGCCUUUGGCAGAUCUGUUAAGAGCUACCCGUAGCGUUAAUACACAAACACCAGCUACAGAUAUGCCUUCCAGUUCGUAUUCUUCAGGUGGUAGUCGUGGUUCAACGCCUGAACAAGAGAAAGAAAGUCGAUUAGGCACAUCACCUCAUAUUAAUAGGUUUUUGGCCAGAGAACCACCUGAUGGAUGUGAAAAAGUUCAUCUAAAAUUUACGGAAGACUCCAGGCGACCGAUGGACUUUAGCAAAUUGGAUUAUUAUCCGAAGCCAUGUGUAGCAUUCCAGUUAAAACCAAGUUUGGGAUCAGCAUUUCUGCCACUACAGCAGCCCGCUAGUACAACAGUGAUAUCAAGCGGAUCACCCACUUCACUGACAACACCAACCACGCCGCCUCCAAAUUCAUAGUUCUUAGUUGUAUUUUUGCUUUAUACUAUGACAUGCUUAAAUUUUAUUUGUACACUUAUAAACAUAAACGUAUAUGUACAUAUACACAUAUAUGUAUAUAAAAAAAUUAUGUAGUGUAUCGCUAAAUCACCUGAUAGUUGAGCGAAGUAAGUUUUUGUUCUAAUAUGGUAGCUUAACUCAAAAGGUACGUCAUACUUCACCUCCGGACUGUAAGAACAUGAAACUGGAAGAAAUGUUGGAAUUUACACGCUUAUGAAAGUUAUAUCACGAAAUCAUAUUUGAAUAUCAAAACACAAUUUUUGUUAAUGUUUAACUGAAUUCAUUGAAGGUAAUAAUUAUAUUUGUACAAUAUUGUUAAUCUAAAUUAAUUAAUCUUUGAAACUUUUAUUUUAAAACGUUCAUUGCACUAAACAUUGUAUUAGAAUAAUUACUAGUGAGUAAAUUAAACUACUACUUGUCUACUUAUAUUUUAUGCAAUGUAUAGAUGUCCGGCGCCGGACGCUAGGUUGGUAUCCGGUAGAUUGCUCUGAUUGGUUGCACGACAGUGGGCGCGGUCUGCUGAACAACAGCAUCGAGUACGGCAUUCGACUGGUUACAUUUCUUAUUUUCUUGUGACGUGCAUGUUAUAUUGUUUUAAUUUUAUACUAUAUUUAUAUUAUAUAUUAUAUUUUAAUGUUAUAAUGUUUUAAUUUAAAGUGCUCUUUUCAAAACUACUUUAAUAUUACUUUUCGCUGAAUAAAAUGAAAAUUACAUUCAAACACGAUUUAAAGAUACAUUUAUUCUCUGAAGAAUAUUUAGUGAAUUAUGUUUAAAGCAGCUCCAAAAUUUAAUUAUUGAACUUGAAAUGUCAUUAAACGUGAUUUAGAAGAACAUUUUUUUCCAAAUCGUCUUCAGAAAUUAAUUUUGGCUUCAAAAUAUCAUACAAUGAGUUUCAAACAAUUUUGGAAAUCCUUUUUGUCGUAGGUAUUGUAUUUCCAUAUUAGUAAAAAAUUUAAUUGUUCAGUGUACAUAAAAAAGAGCUUAGUUGUUGUUUGCCAUUUUAAUUUGUUGUAGAUUACAAUUAUAAUUUUAUAUUUAUUCUUUAUCAUUGACGCGGCUUAUUGUGUUUCUAAAAAUAUUCUCUACAAUAUAUAUUGUUUUACACAAGUUAAACUUCCUAUAAUUUAUACACUUCCAAAAUAAUAACUAUCAGUAACUCCCACAAAUAGAACUAUAUAAAAAUUUUCUUGGUAAUAAAAGAAUUAUAAGGGGUAAAUGUACAAGGAAAAAUAAAAUAGGAAAUAUCAAAUAACUCAUUUUUAAUCAAUAAUUACAUAUUUCAAGUAUGUAAAAAAGUUACACUUACAUUCUUCUUAAAAAUUAUAUACUUCACUUUGUACGACAUCCGACUUAGUAUAAUUAUAUUUUUUAUUUUCUUGACGCGUGAACGAGACAUAAGCCCAAAGUGAAGUAUAUAAUUUUGACAGAAAAAUGUAAGUGUUACUUUUUUUACAUACUUGAAAUAUGUAAUUAUUUAUUCAAAAAGGGUUAUUUGAUAUUUUCUAUUUUACUUUUCUUUGUACAUUUACCUUAUCAUUCUCUUAUUACUAAGAAGAUUUUUAUAUAGUUCUGUUUUGUGGGAGUUAUUGCGAGUUAUUAUUUUAGAAGUAUAUAAAUUAUUUAUUGAUAAGUUUGAUUUCUGUAAAACGUCAAGGAUAAACAAUAAAUAUGAAAUUAUAAUUGUUAAUUACAACAAAUGAAACUAGCAAAAAACAACUAAGCGCUUUUAUAUGUACAAUGAACAAUUAAAUCUUCAACUGAUAUCGAAAUACAAUACUUGUCACAAAAUUGAUUUUCGAAUGUGUUUGAAACUUAUUGUUUGAUGCUUUAAAGCCAAAAUCAAUUUCUGAAGAUGAUUCCGAAAAAAAUUUCCUAAUCACGUUUAAUGACAUUUUAAGUAUGCAUUUUUAUUUCAUUCAGGGAAUAGAA